CGGGCGGGGUUCUGGCGGCGCGCGGUUUGGGGGUUUUUUAUAACCCUGGCAGGCGGCUCAGGAAGUGCCUUCCCCGCGCCCCCUCCCCCGGCCACGCCGCCGCGCUCGCUCCCUCCCUUCCUGCGCGCGGGGCGCAGACGGCCCCAGAGCGGACGAGGCCCGGCGGGCGCGCGGCCGCAGGCUCCGAAGAAGAAGCGACUGAGGCCCAGCGAGGCUCACACACAGUGAGCGGCCACGGGAAAGAUCCCCACAGGGGUCCGACACCACGCCACCGACCAAAGCCCGCAAAAGGAGCCCGGUGAUGCUGCCCAGGCUGUGAACGGGAAGGCGGCGCUGUGGGGGCUGCCGGCAGCCAGGGCCGGGGAGAGACAUGUGGACACGUGGCCUCUAUGGCUUCCGCCUGCCAGAUCCUCCGCUGGGCCCUCACCCUGGGGCUGGGCCUCAUGUUCGAGGUCACGCACGCCUUCCGGUCUCAAGAUGAGUUCCUGUCCAGUCUGGAGAGCUAUGAGAUCACCUUCCCCACCCGAGUGGACCACAAUGGGGCACUGCUGGCCUUCUCGCCCCCGGCCCCCCGGAGGCAGCGUCGGGGUACUGGGCCCAUGGCAGAGUCCCGCCUCUUCUACAAGGUGGCUGCACCCAGCACCCACUUCCUGCUGAACCUGACCCGCAGCCCCCGCCUUCUGGCAGGGCAUGUCUCCGUGGAGUACUGGACUCGAGAGGGCCUGGCCUGGCAGAGGGCCGCCCGGGCCCACUGCCUCUACGCUGGCCACCUGCAGGGCCAGGCCAGCAGCUCCCAUGUGGCCAUCAGCACCUGUGGGGGCCUGCAUGGCCUGAUUGUGGCAGAUGAGGAAGAAUACUUGAUCGAGCCCCUGCAAAGUGGGCACAAGGGGGCCCGGGGCCCAGAGGAGAGUGGCCCCCAUGUGGUGUACAAACGUUCCUCCCUGCGUCACCCCCACCUGGACACAGCCUGUGGAGUGAGAGACGAGAAACCGUGGAAGGGGCGGCCGUGGUGGCUGCGCACCCUGAAGCCGCCGCCCGCCAGGCCCCUGGGCAAUGAGACAGAGCGCGGCCAGCCAGGCCUGAAGCGCUCAGUCAGCCGAGAGCGCUACGUGGAGACCCUGGUGGUGGCUGACAAGAUGAUGGUAGCCUACCAUGGGCGCCGAGACGUGGAGCAGUACGUGCUGGCCAUCAUGAACAUUGUUGCCAAACUUUUCCAGGACUCAAGUCUGGGCAACAUCGUUAAUAUCCUAGUGACACGCCUCAUCCUGCUCACAGAGGACCAGCCCACCUUGGAGAUCACCCACCAUGCCGGGAAGUCCCUGGACAGCUUCUGUAAGUGGCAGAAAUCCAUCGUGAACCGCAGCGGCCAUGGCAACGCCAUUCCAGAGAACGGCGUGGCCAACCAUGAUACAGCGGUGCUCAUCACGCGCUAUGACAUCUGCAUCUACAAGAACAAACCUUGUGGCACACUAGGCUUGGCCCCCGUGGGCGGGAUGUGCGAGCGGGAGAGAAGUUGCAGCAUCAACGAGGACAUUGGCCUGGCCACCGCAUUCACCAUCGCCCAUGAGAUCGGACACACGUUUGGCAUGAACCACGACGGCGUGGGGAACAGCUGCGGGGCCCGUGGCCAGGACCCGGCGAAGCUCAUGGCCGCCCACAUCACCAUGAAGACCAACCCGUUCGUGUGGUCAUCCUGCAGCCGCGACUACAUCACCAGCUUUCUGGACUCAGGCCUGGGGCUCUGCCUGAACAACCGGCCCCCCAGACAGGACUUCGUGUACCCAACGGUGGCGCCCGGCCAGGCCUACGACGCCGACGAGCAGUGCCGCUUCCAGCAUGGAGUCAAAUCGCGUCAGUGUAAAUACGGGGAGGUCUGCAGCGAGCUGUGGUGUCUGAGCAAGAGCAACCGGUGCAUCACCAACAGCAUCCCGGCCGCCGAGGGCACGCUGUGCCAGACACACACCAUCGACAAGGGGUGGUGUUAUAAGCGGGUGUGCGUCCCCUUCGGGUCGCGGCCCGAGGGCGUGGAUGGGGCCUGGGGCCCGUGGACCCCGUGGGGCGACUGCAGCCGGACGUGCGGCGGUGGCGUGUCCUCUUCCAGCCGUCACUGUGACAGUCCCAGGCCAACCAUCGGGGGCAAGUACUGCCUGGGCGAAAGGCGGCGGCACCGCUCCUGCAACACUGAUGACUGUCCCCCAGGCUCCCAGGACUUCAGGGAAAUGCAAUGCUCCGAAUUUGACAGCGUCCCGUUCCGUGGAAAAUUCUACACGUGGAAGACGUACCGAGGAGGGGGCGUGAAGGCCUGCUCCCUCACGUGCCUGGCCGAAGGCUUCAACUUCUACACUGAGAGGGCAGCGGCGGUGGUGGAUGGAACGCCCUGCCGCCCGGACACGGUGGACAUUUGCGUCAGCGGCGAGUGCAAGCACGUGGGCUGCGACCGGGUCCUGGGCUCCGACGUGCGCGAGGACAAGUGCCGGGUGUGCGGGGGCGACGGCAGUGCGUGCGAAACCAUCGAGGGGGUCUUCAGCGCAGCCCUGCCUGGGGCCGGGUACGAGGAAGUCGUCUGGAUCCCCAAAGGCUCCGUCCACAUUUUCAUCCAGGACCUGAACCUCUCCGUCAGUCACCUGGCCCUGAAGGGGGACCAGGAGUCCUUGCUGCUGGAGGGGCUGCCCGGGACCCCCCAACCCCACCGCCUGCCCCUGGCUGGGACCACCUUUCAGCUGCGACAGGGGCCAAAUAACACGCAGAGCUUAGAAGCCCUGGGACCCAUUAAUGCAUCUCUCAUCGUCAUGGUACUGGCCCGGACAGAGCUGCCUGCCCUCCGCUACCGCUUCAACGCGCCCAUCGCCCGCGACGCGCUGCCCCCCUACUCCUGGCACUAUGCGCCCUGGACCAAGUGCUCAGCCCAGUGUGCGGGCGGCAGCCAGGUGCAGGCCGUGGAGUGUCGCAAUCAGCUGGACAGCUCGGCCGUGGCCCCCCACCACUGCAGCGCCCACAGCAAGCUGCCCAAGAGACAGCGAGCCUGUAACACAGAGCCCUGCCCUCCCGACUGGGCUGUAGGGAACUGGACGCGCUGCAGCCGCAGCUGUGAUGCGGGCGUGCGCAGCCGCUCGGUCGUGUGCCAGCGCCGCGUGUCGGCCGCCGAGGAGAAGGCGCUGGACGACAGCGCGUGCCCGCAGCCGCGCCCGCCGGUCCUGGAGGCCUGCCACGGCCCCGCCUGCCCGCCCGAGUGGGCCGCCCUCGACUGGUCGGAGUGCACCCCCAGCUGCGGGCCGGGCCUCCGCCACCGCGUGGUCCUUUGCAAGAGCGCAGACCACCGCGCCACGCUGCCCCCCGCGCACUGCUCGCCCGCAGCCAAGCCUCCGGCCACCAUGCGCUGCAACUUGCGCCGCUGCCCGCCGGCUCGCUGGGUGGCGGGCGAUUGGGGCGAGUGCUCCGCGCCCUGCGGCGUCGGGCAGCAGCAGCGCGUCGUGCGCUGCUCCAGCCACACCGGCCAGCCGUCGCGCGAGUGCGCCGAGGCGCUGCGGCCACCCACCACGCAGCAAUGUGAGGCCAAGUGCGACAGCGCGCCCCCUGGGGACGGUCCCGAAGAGUGCAAGGAUGUGAACAAGGUCGCCUACUGCCCCCUGGUGCUCAAAUUUCAGUUCUGCAGCCGAGCCUACUUCCGCCAGAUGUGCUGCAAAACCUGCCAGGGCCGCUAGGGGGCGCGCGGCCCCCGGAGCCACAGCUGGGCGCCGGCUGGGGGCGGGGAGGGGGGGGUCCCCCGGCCUGAAGGAGCCCGAGGGGGUGGGGGCUGGGAGGGGAGGGUGAGACGAAGCCGGAAGUUAUUUAUUGGGAACCCCUGCAGGGCCUCUGGCCACCCCCAGGGCCCCUCCUCUGCCCCUCUCCCAGUUCAUAAUGAGACCCCCUCCAGGGUGGGUUUAAGGAGUCCACAACCGUUCGCCUUAGCGCCCUUUUCACCCAUCCCUAGGGAGCCCCCGACACGCCCCCCCACCUUUGAUCGGAAUAUGUACUGUGAAGAGUGGGGGUGGGGAGGGGGUCAGUCGGUGCCCUGCCCCCCGCCCUAGCACUGCCCUAUCCCUCCACUCUGAGCUGGGGGGGGGGGCGUUGGGGGGGUCUAUGUCCGUUAUGGGGGAGGGGGUUAGCACCAGCUCCCUGCCACCCUCCCCCUGAGCAGACCAGCUACAGAGGUGAGGCAGAGCUGGGAAGAUCCACCCCACCCUCUGCCCUGCCUGCCCCAGGGGCACCCCAACAUCCAGGCCGUCCUCAUCAUGGUGCUACAGGCCCUGCCCUGGGGCCCACAUCCCUCGCCAGGAAGCCCUCCAUCAAUAAAGUCCUGUCUUGUGUA